AUAAACCCAGCUUUACUGCAGUGUAGAUAAUUUCUUCAAAAGUUAUUCAUCUUGAAUAACGAACUUAUAAGGCAGCUGAUGAUUCAAAUACUAUAUAAACAUGUUGGCACAGUAAACAUAAAUUAUUGUUUGGUUAGUGUUUUUAUUUCUAAAGGUGAACCCAAAAAAUGUGAAUUAUAUAAAACUUUUGGUUAAACUAGCAGUAACUAAAAUUACUAACUGGCGAAUAAAUGUCUCAAAAUGUUGAAUGAAGAGUUUUGAAAGUUUAUAAAACCACCUCUACUGAAUUAAUGUGACAAAAUGGAUGCAACAGGUAAAAUUUAUACUGUUAUGGAGAGCUCAGAAAAAACUGUUCCAAAAAGUUUAGAAUCUGUAAUCAGAAGUAUUCAGAACUCGUUUAAAGAUCCAACAAGUAAUCAAUUAUUGAUGGGAGUAAUGUACACACUAAUGUUGGAAUGUGGCUAUACCUUGAUCUUCUCUAACGAACAAAAAUAUCAAAACAUUUCACCUGGGAAAGACAGUGUAAUUGACUUGAAUAAGCCUGCACCUGACAUAACGAGUGAUCAAUUACAAACAUUGAAACAGACGUUUAAUUACAAGAAAGUACUCUUACAAGCAAAUGUGUUGCUUCUCGAGUCUGUGGAAGCGAAUGAAGUCUCAAAAUUGACUUUUCGCUUAAUAGGACUAGACGAUUACUCGUUCAAUCUCCUGAUAAUUUUCCGAAAAAGAUUGGCCGUUGUUGAUAUGAUUGUAAAUAGAAAUGACCAGAUCACCGAAUGCUAUUCAUUUGCAUUUCUACCAUCUUUAUUUGUAAAAGAGUCAAACGAUGAUAAAAACAUUGCAAGCAAAUUCUAUAACUUGAGAAACUUUAGUAUUCUCUUCAAAGACAAUAUUGCUUUCAGAGGACGCAGUCAUGUACUUAACUCUCUUCAGAUAGCAAACAACAGCUUAGAAGGCUUGCCUGAAGAAAUAUUCCUUAAAAUCAUGCAACUUCUUGGAAUCGAUGAAAUUGAGAAUGUUGCAGUUACAUGUACAAGGUUUUUCUCAGGAGUUUUUCGCCAAUGUAGUUUGUGGAUAUUUUUGCUGAAACGAGACUUUUCUCUCACGAUCAAUAAUUAUGAGAGUGUUGAACAAUUGAUCUCGAAAUACAGAGAGGAGAAAGAUAAAAUAAGAAGAGUUCAAUGGAAGAAAGCAUUGCUGAGCAUACGUGCCGACUCUGUGGAGGAUGAAUCAAUAGUUGAAUUAGAAAUUCCAAUCCAAGAAAUAGAUUAAUUGAUACUGAUGGGAUGUUUGAAGAUGCAGAUGAACCAAUUGUACAACUAAUUACUAUACGUUAGUUACACAACUAAUGUUUUCCAUGAAACAAGUUUCCAUGUUCGCCAUUAUUUAUCAUUCAACUGCAGAAAAAUUAACUGUUUAUGCAAUAAAUAUGAGGAAAUUGCAUCCAGUGCCAAUUAUCAACCCAGUCUUGUAUGAGAUGAUAAGGUUUUAUUCGGAUCCAGUAUAUGAGACUCAACUAUGUCGCAAUAUACAUUUUACUUUUCCUACCAUUAUACUGAUGAUAUUUCUAUAAUUAUUGCUGAACCAUCUUUUAUCAAUUAAAACUUCCUUGAUGGCAACAUAUUGGUUUCAAAUGUGUACAUUAUUCGAAAUUUGCAGUGAGUUUGAUGUUAUAAUAAUUUUAAAACAUGUUAAGCCUCUCUAUUCAUUUGGAAACACCCGGUAUAUGUAUACACAGUGUAUAAACAGUAGUUCUUCAGUAUCAGCUGAUGAAAAGCGUCCGGCGCGUCCUCGUGGCGCAUAAGUCUGUACACAGCUAUAGAGCAAGCCCAUAUUUGGCGUUUUUUCAGGCGCCAACGCAAUCAGCCAAUCGGAGAGCUUCCUACCCUGCCGACUCUGAAAACGCCUAAUAUAGUCUGGCCCUUACGGUUCGAUUUUCACAUCUCGGCGACCUUCAACUUGAGCGGAUUGAUGCCGGAAACAGUGGCAGUAGACCACUGGACCAGCACAUGUGUACAUUGUUGCCGUUGCCGCUUGGUUUGUUACUGACAGUGCGUGAACACUCCCAUAAGAAUCAAAGAUAUUAUUUCUCAGUGUCGCCCGCGGUCGCAGAAACGAAAAAGUAUUUUGAGUAGGAAUGCGACUUCACUAACUAAAGACAGUGAGAAAAAUAAGAGUAAUCACUUUUUUAAAUGUCACUUAUCUUUAUUAAAACCAAAUUACAAACUUAUCUCCAGAGAAAAAUGAAAAUGUUUCGUUCAACCAUGAAAACAGCCUUUGAGUAAUGACUAGUGAAGAUAAAGAAGCUGUAAUACUCUUGCAAAAUGAUACAUUUUUUCGAAGUAAUGAGAAUACGGUAAAGAUUACAAGAAACUUAGUAGUUAACAAACUGCAUAGGUUAGAUGGAAAAUUACGAAAUAGAAAGAGGUUAAGUAAUCGUUCAAAAUUGCCAACCUCGAUUAGAUUUUAGGAUAAAAAUGUAGUUUUCAAUCUUGCACAGUUAAAAAUAUAGUUUAAUGAUCUCUCACUUGUGGUCAUGAAGCACCAAACAAGUUUGGCCAGACCAAUAGUCUUCAAUCUUUUCACAACUGUGAAUCUAUAAGUAGAAAAGUACAAUCUAAAUCUUACACGUUUUUACAAAGCAUAAUGCUUAAAAAUAAA